CAGACAGACAUGUCACUUCACAAGUCACUUCACAGUCAUGAUGCGAGGUAGCUCAUCAUUCUCCAGGGAGAAUAUUCACUAAACAUCGGGCUUUCGAUUAUAUUUCUGCAAACUUCAGACAUGAUCCGCAUCAACAACACCCAAUACUUCCACUUUCUGCAGCAGGCAGAUGCCUUGCGUCGCUCAGGGUCGUUCUGUGAUGCCAUAAUCUCUGUAAAGAGUCAAACUUUCAGGGCUCAUCGGCUAGUACUGGCUUGUGCUAGCAGGAGACUAGCACAGCAGCUAGCUCGAGGAGACAUAGACAGCCCAGCCCACUGCACUCUGGAGUUUUUCUCACCCCGCACCUUCAAACAAGUUCUGGACUUCACCUACACGCAGACCCUGGAGGUGCCUGUGGAUGACCUGCACCAGCUAUUGAGGGCCGCUCAGCUAUUGGAGAUGCAGUCUUUGGAGGACCAGUGCCAGAAGCAGCUGGACAGUCUCCACUACAGAGCCAGACAGGCGAACAGGGGAGAAAUCACACAUGUCAAAGAAGAAAAAGAAAGUGAAGAGUUGGAGGAUCAAAAGCAAGAAGGAAGUCCAGUUCAAGAGGAGAAACUCAGAGUGGCUUCUCCCCCAGCAGACGAGGCAUGCAACAGCGUUGUCAUGGAAAACAUGUCGCCCUCUGAUCCUGCCGUGAACCACACCAGUCCUCCAUCUCCCAAAAAGAGGCCCAGACUGGCCCAUGCAUCAGCAGCACCCUUUAACAGGGAAAGUGUUAUUGCGAGACCUGCCAGCAGCAGUUCCUCUUUCUCUUCUCCCUGGACUUUUCCUACAAACAUGUGGAGCUCUGUGAGCACCCUGAGGCGGAUAGCAGAGAACUAUUCAAACUUUGUUACAGCCCAGUCCCCGAACCAGUCCUCAGUAGCAUACCCAUUCUCCCUCACCACCCCCCACAUGUUGCCCCUGCUUGGCUCCCAUUUUCAAAGCUCUGUAAUGGGCUACUCGGGCUUUCAUCCACGUUAUACACAAAACCUUUAUGCUGGAUCCACGGGGAUGGGGAGCAUAAUCAAGCAAGGCCUGUUGAAAAAGAAAAAACCCAGCCAGAGAGCAUUCUCCGGGAACGCUCAAACCGGCGAGCCGAGUUACCAUGAUGUACCCAAAGCGAACACAGAAAGAGCUAAAGACUGCCAACACUGCAGCACAAGAAGCCUCCAUGGUGAUCCAGCGCUGCAGGAGCCAGCCUCCACGUCAUCAGGUGAGGCCUAUGCAGGGUGUCGGUUCUGUGGAAGAGGAGAUGUUUCGCAGCGUGAACCACAGUCCAAUCGACAAGAACACACAGGGGAAAAACCCUACCACUGCCAACACUGUCCGAAGAAGUUCAGCCUGAAACACCAACUGGACACACACCACCGAGUUCACACCGGUGAGAAACCCUUCGAGUGUCGCCUCUGUGGUCAGCGCUCACGGGACUACUCGGCCAUGAUCAAGCACCUACGGACGCACGGCGGGGCCGCGCCUUACCAGUGCACGGUGUGCCUGGAGUUCUGCAACAGCCUGGUCGCCAUGCAGAGACACGUCAAGAGCCACGCAGUGCAGGACUUCCCCCCUGACUGGAGCAUCAACAGCACCUACCUGUACACCUCACACAUCUGAGCCGGCCCUCAAAACACAGACACCUCUGUCUACACAAAGUUCUCACAGGUGAGGCCUUGGUUUGUGCCUCUGGUGUAUCAUUACAUUUGAAUCAAAAAGCAAAGCAUCUUUUUUCUUCUAGGAUAAACCCGAAUGAUGUUUGAACAGAACAGUCCUUUAACAACACUUACCACUGUUCAAAGUUAUAAUUAUACAUUGGAGACACAAACUGGGGCUAGCUGUAUACACAUGUUGCAAUAACUCCUACACAAACUGCUGUACUCAUAUUCAGAACUGUAGAACAGCACUCAUUUCCAUGAUAUGUGAGAAAAGGUACUUAAAUUGUUCACAUUAGGUCAUGUACGUGCAUUAAAACCACAUCAACAGCUCAUCCUCAUCCAGUGACGCAGGCAUCGUUAUCUUACUUUCAGAAUUAUUGGACGCUUGUGGAACCUUUGUAAGUCUAUAGCGCCCUCAUGUGGACGACCACUGGAAAAAUCUUAUUGUUUGUGUGUGUGUGUGUGUGUGUGUGUGUGUGUGUGUGUGUGUGUGUGUGUGUGUGUGUGUGUGUGUGUGUGUGUUGCAGUGCUCAAAAAUGCAUCACCAUGUUCAAAAUGUGAGCAGUGGCUGAAAAACCGUGUUUGCAGCCAGACAAAAGCUGACUUUCUUUUUUAAAUGCUGGAACAUAUAAACAGUCUACAUUCACUCAUCCAGCUUUAGUCAGAAUAUAUAUAUAUAUAUAUGUGUGUGUGUGUGUGUGUGUGUGUGUGUGUUUUAAUAUAUGCAAGGAUUGCAUCUCCCAGUUUUAGCCCAAAUUCAUAUAUAUAUAUAUAUCAUCCUUUCAGAAUGUGAAUUUGCUCUGGUCCUGUGUUAUUUUACUCUCGGAGGAGAAGCAAAAGCAGGAAGAGAUGGGUGGGAGUGUUUUCUCCACUGUCAGUCAACAUGAUUUUGAACUUUGGCAUUGCUUGUGAGACAAAAUGCAGCCAAUUCCCAUACAUGGUAACAUCAAAAAGUUUAAGGAGGACCUUAAGAAGGAAUGUUGUGGGUGACCAAAAAUGUCAGUGGACAGCUCAUUAAUCUCCUCUGGUUCACUGAGUUGAGAAUAGCAGAGCUUUUGCAGGCAGCUGUGUGUGUCCAGCUAGUGACAAACAAUGGGCCAGCGUUUCUUUUUAUUUUACUCCUCCAUUAGUGAAUUUUCUGCAUCGUCAGUCACAGAUGCAAAGGCUGACUAACUCAAAGGACGUGGAUAUAGAUAUACUGAAUAACUAAUUCUCUAAAAGUAAAUACCAAGUAGUAUCUAACAAAUGUCAUACCUCUCUAAGAAGUUAGAAGUUUGAAGUUAUCCCAGAAGUCCUCAUGGCAUGUAUGCAGAAUGUAGCCAUGUGCAUUGCUUUCCAGAUGGAGCUCUCAGGCCUGUUUCCACUAAAGCUAUUUGUUGAUUUGUACAGCAUUAUUUUAAUGUGUAUGGGGUUAACAGAUUAAUAAAUAAAUGUUUAAUUCAUUUUUCAUUCAUGGGCUUUAAUGGAUCAGUAUGCCAUGACUACUAAUGCAUCAAAUAAACAAGCUAACACACAACAGCUAUCCUGGUUAUCAAUUUUUCACAGACGAUAAAAGACAUGUAAAUGUUAAAGGACUUGCUGGGGGCAGCUGACAACAACUUUUCCAUUUUAUCAUCAUUAAUCAUUUUUAUCAACGUAAGUAUUUUAGCUUCACUUCAAAUGGAGUAGAAGUAAGACAGACAGUCUAGUGGAAUAUCACAAGUAUCAGACAUUCUUGAAAGAGUUUCUAACUUCUUUUAUAUACUGUCAAAUGCCCCUCUCUCCACAUGGCAUCAUUAAUGAUCAUUAAAUCUUUAAAUGUCAACUCUGAGUGUAAACAUUUUGCUUUCAAUGAGUCGACCUAAAGCAGAGUCUGAAUAGGCAAGGUCUUGCCUUAUGCUUGACUCAAGUGAAUACGGUUAACAUAAGUCUGCCAUGUAUGUGCAUGUAGUGAUUGUCCAUGUUGAAUUCUCUGAAACUGAGGACAUUGGAAAAGAAUGAGCAUUUACAAAUUGUAAGAAGUGACGAGUGAAUGGCUCAGCACAAACUGUAUACCUAACUUAUCACAUUAUGAAGAAGAUAAAGUGCCAAUGUCUUUUGCUUGAGGUAGACUACUGGUACCCCUCAAAAGCUCUUUUCAAUGCACAGGCGGAGCAGCAGAUGUAAUAUUGAGAUCAGUGUUUGUUGUUCAGCAGGCUGGUUUGGGGUCCUCGUUUCUACACGUGUACAGUACAUGAUAUCAUGAUAUCUAGAUAAUCCAUAUAGGCAUUGAUGCUGCACCAUUGAUGAUCUAAGGGGCCUUUUUCGCAGCAGAAAUUUCGACUUGAUAUUGCAGGAAAAGCACAGUUGUCACUAAUAACAUCAACAAUGGCUCUGUUCUACUUAAGCGUCCCAUGCCGUGACACUCUGCACAAAUACCAUGCUAAAACUGAGGCAGCUAAUAGGAGUUGACCAUUGUCUUAACCCCUCCCAGGAACAAUGACUGUCCAAUAACAGCUUACAAAACAUAACUAGGCAUAGCAGGCCUGUCAUUUUUUUUGUUAGUGGAUUGUUUUUUAGUUUU